AUGAGUCCCAAACCACCCUCGCCGUUGUUCGUGCCACUUUUCCACUGUCCUCUUAUCCACGUCCCCGAGCAGCAGUGGAGGAGCUCCAUUCGAGCUGAAUGGAUUGGUAUGGGGAGAAGCGGACCUCAGAUCACGGCUAAGCGGCGGCUUUUGGACUGUGCGACGCUGACCAUGGAGGACGCGUCCCCGGACGUGGACUACUGCAUCGCCCUGCGCGCCUACGCCCUGUGCACCCGCCGGCAGGCGCGCGGUUGCCGCGGCGACCUGGUCUACCACUCGGCCGUCUUCCGCAUCAAGGAGCUCUUCUCGCAGCACAACUGCUCCAGCGAGGGCCCCACCUCCUCCACCAAGGUGCCCAGCACCUCGCGCCCCGCGCUCCCGGAGCUCUGCGACUACGAGAGCCGGCCCCCCCCGCCCGCCGGGCCGCCCAAAAAGUACGCCCACUGCGGCCUGUUCGGGGACCCGCACCUGCGCACCUUCCGGGACGAGUUCCAGACCUGCAAGGUGGAGGGGGCGUGGCCUCUGAUCGACAACCGCUUCCUGUCGGUGCAGGUGACCAACGUGCCCGUGGUCCUGGGCUCCAGCGCCACGGCAACCAGCAAGAUCACGGUGAUCUUCAAAUCCUACCACAGCUGCACGGAGCAGAAGGUGUACCAGGCCACCACCGAGGACCUGCCGCUGGCCUUCCAGGACGGGACGCGGCGCGGCGGCCAGAGCGGCAGCCUGACCAUCGCCGAGCGCGGCGGCGGCGGCGCGGGCCGGCAGGUGCGCAUCCACGCCCGCCACAUCGGCACCUCCAUCAUCAUCCGGCGCGUGGGCAGCUACCUGACCUUCGCCAUCCGCAUGCCCGAGGACACGCUGGACUUCUCGGAGGACGGCGGCGGCGGCCUGCAGCUCUGCCUGCACGGCUGCCCGCGCAACGAGCUCAUCAAGGAGCACACGCUCAGCCGCCAGCAGCCGCGCGGCGCCGAGACGGGCCCGCCGCGGCCCCCCCACCAGAGCUACACGGUGGAGCGCGCCACGGCCAAGUGCCGCGAGACGCUGCAGGUGGAGGACGUGUACUUCCAGUCCUGCGUCUUUGACUUGCUGACCACGGGGGACCCCGAGUUCUCCAUGGCGGCGUUCGGCGCCCUGGAGGACCUGAAGGCGCUGCCGCCCAGCAGACUGAAGCAGAACUCCCCCAGGACUCCGCAGGUCUCCAGCGGGGGGGCCCCACAGGGCCCCCCGCUCCCCCCCCUCCUCCUCCUCAUCCUCCUUAUCCUGCUGCUGUGAAAAAGCCCGCUGAUGGUUUAGGAAAACAGACGAAGAAGAAGGAAAAUGGCGGAGCACGGACACAAACGGGACGCGGAAGCAUCACCAGCCUGGGGGGGGGGGGGAAGGUGACUCCAGCACAGACAUUUCACAUUUGUAAUUUUGUUUUUUGCUUUUCAGGGGGGUUGAGGGUUAUGAAUCGUAUGAUAUUUACUGUUUGUCAUUUGAAGGAUUUCAGGUUUGAAAGAUGAGUUUCCCGGGCCUCCCUUUUCCCACAUGAUCACAAUUACGCAAAGGAAAUGAAGCCCGUGUGCUGGCCGUGGAAUCGCCGUUGUAAAUAUUUAAUUUUACAGAAAAUAUGCACAACCUCUAAACACUCCACCGUGUAUGAAGUCCAGUUUCACCCCCUGCAGCAUGUCAGCGUUUUUGGUUAUUUCUACGGUACUCAGAACAAUGUGGCUUCUAGAUCCUGUAUAAUCCAGUAAUAUCAAUAGCACUUAACAGCUUUAGCAGCAAGUGUUGUGUAUUUAAAUAUAUUUUCUCUGAUCCGUCUGUCUGCCUUUCAAAUUGGCGCCUAAAUCAACAGGAUCCAACAACUGUGUGUAAAAACUACCUAUCCUUAAAGAAUGUGUCAGCAGUUCCCGUUUCCCCCCGAAACGCCCCCUCUUCAAGCCGUUUGGCUUCCAGUUUUAAACCCUUAAGAACACAAAUCUUUAUAUAAUAAUAUAUUAAGAGUGUGUAUAUAUGUGUUUUAUAUCGUGUACAUUUGCCUGUGUAUAGAUGUUUUAAUUGUGACGUGUUCCAAUUGUGUUCAGUAGUUUAUUUUGAGUCCCUGUAAUAAAAAAAAAAUAAACAAACGUGUCGUGCUGUAUCGCUAAUUUUUCUGUAUUAAAAUGGUGAACGCUC